AUGGCGUUUCAUGUUCAACUGGUACGUGAUCGGCUGGGAGGUCGUGAGAGCCUCUCCGCCGCCCAAGGCCUCCUCUGCCCCCUCAGCAGUGCAGAAGCCGGGAACCUGCCUGCGCCCGGGAGGAGGACCCGGAGAGCCCGCGCGACCGCUCGCCCAGCCCGGUUCCGGCACGCUGCCUCCGCGGCGAGCACGUCCGCAGGCCUGAGCAGCGGCCUCGCGCGCCCCACAGCCGGCGAGCUCCAGCUCCCGGAGAGCGGACCCGUCUUCCGCGGAAACGAAGAGACUGAGGCCCUAACGGGAGUUUCUCCGCGAGGCCGGAGAGCCGAGGGCGGCCGCCGCUCCCGUCGGCAUCGGAGAGGCUGCUCCGGGCGCCGCUCAGCCCUGCAGCCGUGCCAGCCCUUCGGGACAGGCCGCGGGCCGGGAGAGCCCGCCGCGCCUCCUCCCCGCAGCAACGCGGACCAACCCCCACCCCGCGGCGGCGGCCCGGAGCUCCCCCGCGCGGAGGCAGACGGCCCGCUCACCCGCUCGGCGCGUCCCGGGCCGGGGCUCGUUCCGGCGCUGGCGCAGCCGCGAUCCACUCCGCCGGCCGCCGGCCCAGGCAGCUCGGCGCGGAGGGGGGGCGCUUGGGCGGCGGGCUCCGCCCCCGCUGACGUGCCGCGAGAGAGCGCAGGGCGGGGCGCCGUCAAUCAAAGCAGGGCCGCCCCGGCACCGAUGGCAAGGCGGGUCUUCUGUCCCGGGCGGAAGCCGGCGGGGCUAGUCGCCGGGCUGCAGGGGAAGCUGGAGCCGAUGGCGGGGCGCCGGCGCGCUUCCUUCCCCAGCGAGAGGAAUCCCUCCGCGGCGCCUUCCGAGCGCUUGGGGCGGAGCCUCGGCGGCGGCCUGUGCCUCGCCCCUCCCUGCCCGGCACCUGCGCGGAGGCGGGUGCCCGGGAGGAGGCCCGUUUCCCGGGCGGAGUUGCCGGGUGGGCUCCCCUGCGGGGACGGGAAGAAACCGGGAUGGUAG